GGUCGUCGAGCGCGGUCACGCGCUCGCGGUGCCCGUGCGCGGCGCGGGGCCCGACGCCGCGCUCGUAGAAGGGCGCUCGGAAGCGCGCGGCCCCCACUUGCGCUCGCGCGCGCGAACUGGUCGCGCGCCGCGGACCGAUCCCGCGCGGCACGCCAGUGCGGCGAGCGCGAGGAUGCAAGCGGGUCGGACUCGGCAACUGACGAGCAGACGACAAUGAGCGACGAGCUGGCGAGCAACAAGCACCGGCGCGUGUCCAUCAGCGACCCGGGCCUCGACAACCCGGCCUUCGAUCACCAGCGCCGCGUCAGCAUCUCCUCGUCCGUGGAGCCCGAGCGCAAGCGUUCGAUCCUGCAGCCCAGCCGGCCCGGCAGCGCCGAGAACCUGCACAAGUUCGACAUGGAGAACGGCAAGCACCCGCACGCGCUGGCCCGCAAGAAGAGCGCCUACAGCCUGUCCAGCUCCAUCAGGGACAAGGUCGAGUACACGGACGAGCUCGAGCGCUCCUGGCUGUACCUGUUCUGUAGCCGCUGUCACGGCCGCGGGGACGCCGACUCGUGGGAGCCGCGGGGCUGGCGGCGCGCCUGCCCGCAGCCCUUCUGCCCGAGCUACCGCAAGUUCGCGCGGAUACUGUGCCUGCUGCUGCUCGGACUGCUCGCAUGGGGCCUGGUCUACAGUGUGAUCGGCGACGACGCCAAGCCCGGCGGGCCCCUCUUCGCCAUCGCCUGCCUGGCCAUCGCGGCUCACUUCGCCGGCUGGCUAGUGUCGUUGGCCAACCUGCCCGCGCUCAUCGGCAUGCUGCUCACCGGCAUACUCAUGAAGAAUCUGGACAUCGUGCAGAUCGAUCCCAGAUACGACACCGUCCUCUCCGAUCUCAGAAAAAUCGCCCUGGUGAUCAUUCUUACGCGAGCCGGCUUGGAUCUGGACCCGAAGGCUAUGAAGGCGAUGAAGAUAACGGUGCCGAAGAUCGGUCUGGUGCCGUGGACAGUGGAGGCAGGCGUGGUGGCAGCAUCGACGUACUUCUUCAUGGGUCUGCCGCUGAUGUGGGGCCUGCUGCUGGGUUGCAUAAUCGCGGCGGUGUCGCCGGCGGUGGUGGUGCCGUGUCUGUUCCGCUUGCGUGGCCGUGGCUACGGCGUCGCCAAGGGCAUACCCACGCUGAUCAUAGCGAUCGCCGGCAUAGACGAUGCCGCCUCGGUCGCCGGCUACGGUAUCAUUCAGAGCGUCAUGUUUUCCGAGGAUCCGAUUUGGUAUCAAAUACUGCAAGGACCCAUCGCCAUCUUUGGAGGAAUUGGAUUUGGCGUACUGUGGGGAAUUCUCGCCAGAUACGUGCCGGAGAAAGGAGACCCAUUCCUGGUGCCGAUGAGGGUACUGAUGCUACUGGGUGGAGGGAUGCUGGCCAUCUUCGGCAGCGAGAAGAUAAACCUCGGAGGCGCGGGACCGCUGGCCGUUGUCGCCGCGGCCUUUAUCAGCUCUUACAUGUGGCAGAAAGACGGAUGGGAGGUCGACGAUAAUCCCGUGGCCACGUCCUUCGAGAUCUUCUGGAUGAUCUUCGAGCCGAUCCUGUUCAGCCUGACGGGCACGCAGAUAGUGAUGCGGGAGAUGAACGGCAGCAGCGUGUACAUCGGCAUCGCUUGCCUGAUGGCGGGCAUAAUCCUGCGCAUCCUGGUGACGAUGCUAGUGGGCAUCGGCUCGCGGCUGAACCUCAAGGAGAAGAUGUUCAUCUCGAUCGCGUGCAUGGCCAAGGCGACGGUGCAGGCGGCGCUGGGACCGGCCACGCUGUACGUGGCCACGCACCAGGCCCACGAGGACCCCGAGGCCGCGGAGCACGCCGGCACCGUGCUCAUGAUGUGCGUGCUGUCGAUCCUGCUGACCGCGCCCACGGGCGCCAUCCUCAUCAUGAUCAGCGGUCCCAAGCUGCUGACCAAGACCCUGGCGCCGGUGGUGCACGUGCCCGAGCACAGUUGGCGAACGCGGCGGCCCUCCAUCCGCGACAUCUCCAUUAUCAACGAGCUGCCUGACCUGGAGGAGACCGCCGCUGUGCCCGCGUCCAUCGAGCACGUCUCCAGCAUCGCCAACGCCAUCCACAACCACCUGGCAAACCACGAGAACAACCGCAACCACCGAUAGCGCUCUCUCUCUCUUUCUCUCUCUCCCCGCCCUGUGGAUCGUCUCCAGUCUCCCACGUAUUUCCGCUGUCUAGCGCGACGUCGAUUACGCCUUCCAUAUUCCCGCGCGAUCGGACUGCGUUUCCGUUCGGCUUUGCAUCGGCGCCGUGGCCCGUGCGCCCGCGGAUCUCGUCGAAUUUGAAAAUUCGCCUCGCGUUCGCCGGGAGAGAGCGCGGGAGAAGGAUGCCGCGCGCACUCGGAUCCGAGGCUACUCGGUCCGAUUGACUCGACGAGCGCCGGCUUUCCUCCGGCCCCCUCCCUCUUCCGGCAGAUACGUGCACUCCCUGUAGAUAGGCGGGCGGAUCGUCGAGGCGCGAAAGCGUCAGUCGAACGUAAGGCCGAAUAUAUUUAUUUAUUACUGGGACUUGGUUUAGCCUCCUCGUCGCUCGGCGCUUUCGCGCGCGCCUCUCCUCGGCCGCUCGGCGCCGCGCUUCGUCGCGCCCUGUAAAUACGCGGUAGCCCGUUAUUUUUAGACGUAGCGCCUCUGCAAGCCUGUCUAGAUGAGAGAGCGUGGUUCGCCCUCGUCGCGCCCACGUCUCCGUUGUUUUUAGCGCCCGAGGUAGGCGCAGCGCUGCACGCCCGGAACGCACGCCCGGAACGCACGCAACGCCCCACACUCGGGCUGCAGCCGGCGAUUUUAUUCUUAACGAUUGUCACGUCGGUUUACUUAAUUAGCUUUACUCGAUUAAUGCGUAAGUGUGCGGCAAGGAGCUUCGCCCGUCCUCGGCUGGUACGCGUGUGUGUAAUAAAUUCGCAAUGACUUUUAGCUUCGAGAGAGAGAGUGCAAUAAUUAUAACGCGAACGGCCGGCCGUCAUCAAAGGCUUCGGAAGUCGAAGGCAGGUCCGUCUAUUUGAAUGCGAAAUUGAGUCUAAUUAAAGUUAAUUCGGCAGGAAUUCGCGCAAAUGCACCGACCGAAACACCAUUAUUAAACUUUAGAAUUAGUCUUUAUUAACGGCUUUCAUCAUUUCCAAGACUACACUCAGACUUAGUUUCAUACUUGCGCCCGGGACACCAAGUACUUGAAAUAAGAUUCUUAUUCAUUUUCGGAAUUUACAUUUUCAGCACUUCGCGCUUGCAAUUGAAACGCGCGCUGCCGCACUUUCCGUGAGAAUUAUAUUUAUAGCUGUGUGUACUCUUUCUACGGAGUCUUUGUAUGAAAAAACCAAUUUGAUAUAAAUAGUAUUAUGAGUAUAAGGCAGAGACAUUUGAAAAUAAACAGUAUGUGUUUUUAUCCUUA